AUGAGUACUGCUCUGGUCAUGAGCUCAUUACCUCUCAUUGUGAAAACGAUCGCUGCUUUCCAGAACAGUGACAGUGAGGAUGACGAUGAUGGCGAGGCAGCUGCAGGUGAUGAUGCGGAGUUCUGGCUAAGCAAGAAAAAGCUUGGAAGCAAGGCUGAAGACGUCAAGUUCUCCAGCAAAACAAGCGGCUCUAAAUCGACACAUCGAAGCCGAAGCGUCAAGAAAAAGCAUCAGAAAGAUGGAAUAUCAGUCUCGCUAGCACCAAGCCGCAAAGGGGAAGAAUUGGGACCGAAAUCAGUUGCGCUAUUUUGA